CCCGCAGCCCGGCGGGGCGGCGGCGGCAACGGGCAGCGGCCGCGCCCGGGCGCGGAGCUCCGCACCGCUCCGCACCGCUCCGCACCGCAGCGGCGGGGGCUGGCGGCCGCCCCCGGGGGCCGGCGGGCCGUGCUAGCAGUCGGCAGCGGCGCACGGUGAGGCGGCAUUAAAAGGCGGCGUGUGGCGGCUCCUCGCCGCGCCGGCACCCGGCGGAGGGCCCGGGUGAGGGGCUGCGGGGGACCCGGAGCGGUGCGCGCUGCAGGGCGGGCAUCCGGUACCGCGGUACCCGGCUGUGUCCCGGCGUCGCGGCGAGCACACGGCUGCUGCCGCCCGCUCGGGCGGAGGCACUGGACAUGGACACAGAGGAUGACCCCUUGUUACAGGACGCCUGGCUAGAUGAGGAGGAUGAAGAGGUAGCCUUCAGCUCACGGAAGAGGUGGGAGGGUGCUCUGUUGUGUGGGAGAAGCCCAUGCAGAGUCAGGCCCCUGCGUGUCACACUGCCCGUGUCUGGCUUCUGGAACAUUGUUGGUUGGGUAUUUACCAACCCGUACUGCGCUGGUUUAAUCCUUUUCCUGGGCUGUGCCAUCCCUGCUGUGCUUGCUGUUGUCAUGUUCCUCCACUACCCAGCCCUGGAUAUUGACAUCUCCUACAAUGCUUUUGAGAUCCGCAACCACGAGUCCUCUCAGCGCUUUGAUGCCCUCGCCUUGGCCCUCAAGUCCCAGUUUGGGUCAUGGGGGAGGAACCGCCGGGACCUGGCUGACUUCACCUCUGAAACCCUGCGGAGACUCAUCUUUGAGCAGCUCCAGCAGCUUCACCUCAAUGCUUCCCAUCUCGGGGUCAGCGCACGGGUGAAGCGCAGCACCCUGGAGGGCAGGACAAGCUCUCCUAAGCCCCAUGCCCACCUGAACCCAGGAAACCGGACUUCCCGAGCUGGGAGAGGUGCCCCACGCUGGGACUACUCCAGCACUUACAUCAGUGCCAACACACAGACACAUGCCCACUGGCGCAUUGAGCUCAUUUUUCUGGCUCGAGGGGACUCUGAAAACAACAUUUUCACCACUGAGCGCCUAGUUACCAUCCAUGAGGUUGAACGCAAGAUCAUGGACCACCCUCGCUUCCGGGAGUUCUGCUGGAAGCCCCAUGAGGUCUUGAAGGACCUGCCCCUGGGCUCCUAUUCCUACUGCUCCCCUCCCAGCUCCCUCAUGACCUACUUCUUCCCCACUGAGAGAGGAGGGAAGAUUUACUAUGAUGGCAUGGGACAAGACCUUGCUGACAUCCAAGGGUCCCUGGAGCUGGCCAUGACCCACCCCGAAUUCUACUGGUAUGUGGAUGAGGGCUUGUCUGCUGAGAACAUGAAAAGCUCCCUGCUGCGGAGUGAAAUCCUCUUUGGGGCACCACUGCCGAACUACUACUCGGUGGAGGACCGCUGGGAGGAGCAGCGCCGCAAGUUCCAGAACUUUGUCAUCACCUACGUGGCCAUGCUGGCCAAGCAAUCCACAAGUAAAGUCCAGGUGCUGUACGGAGGGACGGAUUUGUUUGACUAUGAAGUGAGGAGGACUUUCAACAAUGACAUGUUGCUGGCCUUUAUCAGCAGUAGCUGCAUAGCUGUCUUGGUCUACAUCCUUACGUCUUGCUCAGUGUUCCUGUCAUUCUUUGGCAUUGCCAGUAUUGGGCUAAGCUGCCUGGUGGCUCUGUUCCUGUACCACGUCGUAUUUGGGAUCCAGUACCUGGGUAUACUCAAUGGUGUGGCUGCCUUUGUCAUUGUGGGGAUUGGGGUUGAUGAUGUCUUUGUUUUCAUCAACACCUACCGCCAAGCCACCCACCUGAAGGACCUGCGACUGCGCAUGAUCCAUACUAUCCAGACAGCAGGGAAGGCCACCUUCUUCACUUCCCUGACUACGGCUGCAGCAUACGCUGCCAACAUCUUCUCUCAGAUCCCAGCUGUGCAUGACUUCGGACUCUUUAUGUCGCUGAUUGUGUCCUGCUGCUGGGUAGCUGUGCUCUUCACCAUGCCAGCUGCUCUUGGAAUAUGGACCCUUUAUGUGUCCCCACUAGAGAGCUCCUGCCAAACCAGCUGUAGUCGGAAGUGCACCAAAAAGAGUGCCUUGCACCUGGCUGAAGAUCUCUUCAUUGCCUCGGAGGCCACCUCCAGAGCAGGCAGAGAGACGCUUCCCUAUCUUGAUGAUGACAUCCCACUGCUCAGUGUGGAGGAGGAACCUGUCUCCCUGGAAAUGGGGGAUGUCCCCUUGGUAUCUGUGAUGCCAGAAAAUCUGCAGCUCCCUGCAGAGAAGAGCAACCGGGGGCACUUGAUAACUCAUCUGCAGGAGCUACUGGAACACUGGGUGCUGUGGUCUGCCGUGAAGAGCAGAUGGGUGAUUGUGGGGCUCUUUCUCCUCGUUUUGCUCCUGUCCAUAUUCUUUGCUAGCCGCCUCCAUCCAGCUAGCCGUGCUCCAGUCUUGUUCCGGCCAGACACUAACAUCCAGGUGCUGCUAGACCUGAAAUACAACCUGAGUGCUGAAGGCAUCUCCUGCAUUACCUGCUCAGGUUUGUUUCAGGAAAAGCCCCACAGUUUGCAGAACAACAUCCGAACCUCCUUGGAAAAGAAGAAGAGGGGCUCAGGGUCAACAUGGGGAAGCAAAGGGAGCAUAAGUGAUACAGGGCAGCAAGAUCUCCAGGGGACUGUGUAUAUCUCCAAGUCCAGAAGCAAGGGAAGGCCAGCCAUCUACAGAUUCUCACUCAAUGCCAGUGUCCCUGCCCCCUGGCAGAUGGUGUCACCAGGAGACGGGGAGGUGCCUUCAUUCCAGGUGUAUAGAGUGCCUUUCGGUAACUUCACCAGGAAGCUGACAGCUUGUGUGUCCACAGUAGGGCUGCUUAAGCAGACGAGCCCCAGGAAGUGGAUGAUGACCACCUUGUCCUGUGACACCAAGAGAGGCUGGAAGUUCGACUUCAGUUUCUACGUGGCCGCCAAGGAGCAGCAGCGAACACGGAAACUGUAUUUUGCCCAGUCGCACAAGCCUCCUUACCAUGGCCGAGUGUGUGUAGCACCUCCUGGCUGUCUUCUCAGCUCUAGCCCAGAUGGACCCACCAAAGGCAUCCUUUAUGUUCCUAGUGAGAAAGCAGCACCCAAAGCAAAGCUGUCAGCCACUUCGGGAUUUAAUCCUUGCAUGAACACGGGCUGUGGGAAGCCAGCGGUGCGGCCACUGGUAGACACGGGAGCCAUGGUGUUUGUAGUGUUUGGCAUCAGAGGGGUUAAUCGCACAAGACGCCCGGACAACCACGUCAUCGGAGACAUGGGCAGCGUUAUCUAUGAUGACAGCUUUGACCUCUUCAAAGAGAUUGGCAACCUGUGCCGCCUCUGCAAAGCCAUUGCCAGCAACACUGAGCUGGUGAAGCCAGGAGGGGCUCAGUGCCUGCCCUCUGGUUACAGCAUCUCCUCCUUUCUGCAGAUGUUGCACCCUGAGUGCAAGAACAUCCCUGAGCCAAACCUGCUGCCCGGACAGCUCUCUCAUGGGGCAGUGGGGGUGAAGGAUGGGAAGGUGCAGUGGAUCUCCAUGGCGUUUGAAUCGACAACCUACAAAGGGAAAUCUUCCUUCCAGACAUAUGCUGACUACCUGAAAUGGGAGACAUUCCUGCAGCAGCAACUCCAGCUCUUCCCGGAAGGCUCUGCUCUCCGGCACGGUUUCCAGACCUGUGAGCACUGGAAGCAGAUCUUCAUGGAGAUUAUAGGAGUGCAGAGUGCCCUGUACGGUCUCGUCCUCUCGCUGGUCAUUUGUGUGGCUGCAGUGGCGGUGUUUACCACUCACAUCCUCCUCCUCCUGCCAGUGUUGCUCAGCAUUUUAGGGGUGGUCUGCUUGGUGGUGACCAUCAUGUACUGGUCUGGCUGGGAAAUGGGAGCUGUGGAGGCCAUUUCCCUCUCCAUCCUCGUUGGCUCCUCUGUCGAUUACUGUGUGCACCUGGUGGAGGGCUACCUGCUGGCAGGGGAAAAUCUGCCUCUACACCAGGCAGAGGACCCCACAGCGUGCCGCCAGUGGAGGACGAUUGAAGCAGUCCGUCACGUGGGUGUGGCGAUUGUCUCAAGCGCCGUCACCACAGUGAUUGCCACCGUCCCGCUGUUCUUCUGCAUCAUUGCCCCCUUUGCCAAGUUUGGGAAGAUUGUGGCCCUCAACACAGGAGUCUCCAUCCUGUACACGUUAACUGUGAGCACGGCCCUGCUGAGCAUCAUGGGCCCUGGCACCUUCAUCCGCAGCAGGACUUCGUGCCUCAAGGCUGUGGCGGGGGUGCUUCUUGCUGGCCUGCUGGGUCUAUGCAUCUGCCUCGCCCUGCUGAAGAGCGGAUUUAAGAUCCCUCUGCCUAAUGGGACAGCCCUGUAGACCCUAUGCCAAGAGCCACAUGCUCUGUCCUCUUGCUCCUUUCUUUUUUCUUUUUUUUAAAGGAUAUUUUUUGUAAGAAGAAAGAAGAGGGAAAAAAUCCCCUUUUUCCAGAAGUUUUUCAACUCCAGAUGCACUUUAUUUUUUAAUGGGUUUUGCUCUAAACUUGUAUUUAUUUUGGUAGUGAUGGAUGGAUGAUGGACAGUGAGGGCUGCCCAGGGAAUACCUCAGCCCAUGAGUAGGAGGGGAGGAGGUCUCCUCCUCUCAGUUUUGUUUCAGCUUUUCAUUUUAUUUUCUUUUUUUUUUUUCUUUUACAUUGAUAGAGCUUUCUGGAACCACAAAGCUAAAAGGGGAGAAGUUUGGAAGGCUAUCUGGUCCCUUUCAAAAUCUCUGCCCCGUCCCUCCUCUCCCCUUGGCCAGGGUCAGCACUGCAACGAUGGCGCUUGAGGUGAUGUCCUACCCCCAUGCCAAGCCUGUGCCUCACUACCGGAGCCUUCAAAAACAGCAGUGAGCUGUUGGACAGGCCUGGGAAAUAAGUCUGCACCCCUUUGCCAUGCCCUGUGCCCAAGGUAGACCAGCAGCGAACUCGCUGCACAGGAGCUCUUACAGGUGUCAUUGUGGGAUCCAGAGAUGCUGGGUGGCCCCACAUGCAGGGACCUGCUUUCAUCAUUUGCAGGGGAUGUCAGGGUGCAUGGGCACCUUCUGCUGGGAUCUCUUGCAUCUGUGAACAGCCACCAGGAAUGCAGUCGGUGCUCUCAGUGGCCUGCCCUCCUCUCGCUCGUCACAGCAGUGAGGCCAAGGCAGUAUCGCUGCCCAGUCCCACCUCCUGCUCAGCGUGUGACCUCACCAGUCACUGCCUCUGCGCUUCAUGGUGGAGAGAAAACAGACAGCCUCGAGGUCCCUGCAGAGCCUUUUGGUUAUGGCAGUCAGCUCUUAGCCUGAGAACAAGCUAACUUCUGGGGCCAGGCAGAGCCCAUGCCUGGUGGCAUGCACAAAUAAACAGUGGUGCAUCCCCUGUGGCAGCUUAGAGACACCCUCCAUUGUGGAGACAUGAGGGCAGCAGAGCUUUAGCCUGUGGCUGCUGCCUGCUCAGAUGGUUUAUAUUGAAGUAAAAUGAAAUCACAAACUGGUGCCAUUAACAAGUACAUUUUAAGCAUCACUGAUUCCAUCAUAUUUUAAAAAUUGAAAUAGCUAAGUGUGUGCAUUGAUACAGAGCACAUCUGGCCCCCUGCAGAAGGGGAGGGGUUGGGCCCACUGGGAGAUGCAUUAAAUGUUUUUUACAGGGAUGCCAGUAGAGGGGGUUGGCCAGAAAGCAGCCUGACCCUUUUUGUUUGGAGAUACCACGUUGCUGGUGGCUUUGUGUUCUCUGUCUGGAUUCACCCCCUUUUUAAGAUGGAAGUUCCAGGAAGCCCGUCCCCUCUGCCAGCCAAGUUCUGGGGACUGUGCUGCUGAGGCAAACCAGCAGCUGCUUCUGUUUGGCUCAGCGUAUCCCCGCUCCGAUCCCUUACACCUUCACAUCAUGUCACCCCUGUGAAACUGGACCAAAUGCUUGUUCCUGAAGUAGGUUCCUCAAGGUGUCAGCUGGAGAGAGGAGUGCUAGGACAGGACUGUCAUUGAUGCCAGGGGAAAUCCAGAGCAAUCCUGCUGCAGGCAGUGCAGGUGGUGAGAGCAUGGGCAGAACAGACCUGGUUUCUUCCUCACCAUCCCGUGGUGCAGCUGAGUUACUUUCUACAAAAAUGUUAAAUGUUCCUUGGCACCUACCUCUGACCUGCAUUAGUUUCUUCAUAAUGAACCCUGUGCCCAUGAAUUAAUGGUUCUGGAAAGGUUUUUUUACUAUCCUUAAGUUGUGCUGCUUUGAUGGCUGCUGUGCACGGUUCAGCCCCAAAGUUGACCUGUAAGCCAUGCUUUUCCCUAUGUCUCUUCUCCAAACAUAAUUACUAGUGGUGCAGCGGGCAUAGAGGACAGUCUGCUGGUGAUACCCAGCCCUGUGAGACCCAUUGUGGCUCUGUGGGUGCUGCGGGGGAGAGCAAGGUAACCCUGGGACUGCUGCCAAGGAUGCUCUGGCUGGCAGCUUGACCUGAAUUUAGCUCAUGCUUCAAACUCCUUGGGGUGAUUAAAGCUGAUGGAUAUUUCCAGGUCACCAGACAAGAGAAUAAGGUGCUGAGUGCACCCUUAGAGGAAGUUCUUCCUCCUGUGAGCAUGAAGAGACCUUGAAAGGCCUUUAAGAUAAGGCAUAGAUGUGCUUUGAAUCCUGCAAAGUUUAAAGCUUAUUUAAGCCCCUGGUGUCCUACGUUUGUGCUCGCUAUAAAAAGGCUAAAUAAGCCCCCCACCUCCAGAGCGAUUCUGGACACACCAUGCUGGGACCAUUUAUUCAGCCACUCUUGGAAGGCAAAGAUUAAUUUCAAAGUAGUGGAAAACCUUUUAUGUCUCUUGGGUCUGAUCUGGCAGUGUCUGAUCUGCAGACAAAAAUAACAGAGCUCUUGGCACCUGACAGGAUCUGUCCUGUUUUCCGGAGCAGGCAGGGGAAGGGACAAGCUAUCAUUUUCCCUUUUCCUCUCUGGCCAGCCCAGGCUCCUCAGUGCAGAAGGGCUGGCUGGCACUAGCAGGAGCAGGGCGUUACCUUGCCGUUGUUUGUCUGGGUGGUACUGGGAGAGCAAUGGCUGGAGCAGUUCAGAAAGGAAAAUGAGAGGCUGAGGUAAGUGCAGAGCUGUAGCAAAUGAUUCACAAAGGCAUAUUGAGGAAAUUGGGCCCCUCCAGCAAGGAAACUGAGGCAACGAGAGGAGGAACAACUUACUCCAGACUAUAGCAGGAUGGCAGAAGAGCCAGGAGGCGAUCCUAGGUGGUGCUUUUCACUGCAAGGACCCACUGGAUGGUGGUAAGCUGAAAAAGUGAUUAAACAUAGUGAUGGUACUUGUCUUAAGAUCUAACCUGGCAUUUGCCCCAUCACUAUUUCACUCUGCGCAGUUCUGUGAUCAGGGUGGCCGGUGCUUCCUCCAUGUGCUGCAAAGUGAAAGAGGCUUAGAGGUGGGGCCCAGCCGUCCACAAAAUGCUUACAACACCCCGAUCUUCCCAAGCGUCUGUGGAGACAAUAAAUCAGUAGCAGAUGUGUACAUCCAUCUCCAGGUAGGCAGCGUCCUCCUUGGGAUUAGAAAAUAUUCAUAAAAUUAUAGAGGUAAGAAAACGGAUGGGUUUAUCUGAGCAAAUGCGAAGGUGGGGCUGACAGCCCUGCUGGGAAUCGGUGCUCUGAGGCAGAUGCUCGUAGCAAUAAAAAACAAGGCCUCACCUGUCUGGCGCUGUUCCGGGAGCAGAUGCUCGCCCUAAAUUAAUUCCUCCCACAUCUCUGCCUAUCUUCUUUCUCUGAUGACUCCUCUGUUUCCCAGACCAUCUCUUGGGCCCUGUUGUCUUGCUGAGCAAGGUUCAGCCUUCUUCAUGGUAGCUGCUCGUGCCUAAGGUCCUCACUGAGUCUGGACUGAAAGUGGCUGUCUCAGGGAGAAUUUCUCAGGCAGAGGAAGCUAGGGAGCUAAAAUGUCUCAUACAAGGCUGUCAGUUUUGUUGUUUUUAAACAGUGGAGCGCAGCAGACCAGCCUGCCUUGGAAGAGAAUGCUCUGAUGUUCCAUUUCAAAACAAUCUUGCUGCAAUUAAAUGGAAAUGUACACGAGUUCUCAGUUACAGCACGCUGCAAUGGAAGAUUUCUGUUAACUGCCCGCUCCUUUAGCAAAUCCUGUUUUGAGGGCUGCAUUCUGAAAAGUUGACGUUCACGGUUUAGGAUGGGGGUCAUUCUGAAACGAUGCAAUCUCCUACACAGCGGGGUGGGUCCUGCCCUGACCUCGACCUCUCUCCCUGCCAGCCCAGGGCCGGUGCACAGGGGCGCGGCUCCCCCGUGUUGAAGCACUGUGGUGUAUGCACAGAGCUGGUGGCGAUGCUCCUCGCCUUCAGUGGAGCUGCUCAGUGAGUUUAAGGUUCCCCACGGCUGCGGACACUCAGGGAGAGAGUCACAACAGCCCUGUCAAAAUCAGCUUUGGAGCGAGGAGGAACAGAGCUGACGUAAUUUGCAAAGAUCAGUGUCAGAGGAAGGAAUAGACCCAGGUCUCAUCGCUCUGGCUGUUUCCUUAUGUCAUGGUGCCUCCUGAGGUGCUGGGUUCACGCGGGGUCUGUACAGGCAGAUGGGGCGUCAGGUUUGGCCACCGACCUCGGCAGUUUCAAAGGCUGCAGAUGCUGAAAGGGGAUCAGAGGCUGAGCUGAGCUGUCUUUCUCAAUCCCUGCUGGAUCUGAAACUAUGCCAGAGCAAAGCCAGCCUGGGAAAUACUCCAAGAAGGACAUGUGGCAUGCUUACAGAGUUACUGGGACCACUGAUACAGUAGCCUAGAUGCAGUGGUCUCCAGAGAGCCCUGGCUUUUUCUCUGCUGGACCAAACUGGAAUGUUGCUUUAUGUCAUGGCAUCUAAUUCUCUUAGCUUAUCCUGCACUGAAUUUUCUUACCAGAGCAGCCUGCCUUCCUGGAAGGUUGUAAAAGGCUUUUUAUUUAACCCUGUGACAUGUAUAAAUCCUCCCACGCUGUCCACCGAGGAAGCUGUGCUGAUUGAUUUGCAGCCAGGCAGGACAAACCCACAGUCUCUUGGUUAUUUCUUCCAAAAAUCACUCCUCACCCCAGACAGCAUGCAAGCCAUAGUUCACAGGCCUCUGCUAACUGCUGUGCCCUGCCUUAGAACCCAGGGUCCCAGAGCUAAAAGUCUUUCAAGGCCUGUCUCCAGCCUGAGGCUGUAGCUCUUUGUCUGUUUGUCUUUCUCCCCUCCGCUCCUCCUUUGGGCAGCUGCUGGAGGAGGCGGGAGGGAGAUGGCCAGGACCAGAGGCAGAGCAACAAGCAGAUGAGCGGAAAGGUUUGCAGGGGGAAGCAGAAGAGAACAAAUGGGAGGGGAGGAUGGUUCAAAGGCCAAGGGGAGAAGAGGUGUGAGCGCCCCAAGGAUGGAGGACACUGCCGUUUCACCGCGUCAUGUGCAGACCUUAGAUUGUUGGUUCUCAGAGUGAUGUAGCACAAUUCCUGAUGUAACGUACACGUGUUACUUUUGUAAGUUGUCUCCUACCCUCACUAUUUUCAGUGUUCCUUGAUUUUUUUGGAGACUCUUGUAAAUAAAAAAUUUUGACAUUCGCA